AUGGCGUCUGACGAGGCGAAGCCCGUGCUCAUGAAGGAGGAGAGGGCGGCCAAGAAGCUGGCCAAGAAGGCAGCCAAGCUCGAGGCCGAGGCCGCGGACGUCAAGAAGGAGAAGAAGGUCAAGAAGGAGAAGAAGGACAAGAAGGAGAAGAAGAGCAAGAAGCGCUCGCGUGACGAGGAGGACGCGGACGACGUGGACGCUACCACGCCCGAGAUCUCGGAGGAGAGCGAGGUGGAGACGCCCGCCGCCAAGAAGGCCAAGAACGAGAACGCCACCCACGUGGGCGGCACCGAGAACCCGCCGCUCGAGAGCUUCGACAUCUGCGCCGAGACCGUCAAGAACCUCAAGGCGCGCGGCAUCCACACGCUGUUCCCCAUCCAGGCCAUGACCUUCGACAAGAUCCUGGCCGGCAAGGACCUCAUGGGCCGCGCCCGCACGGGCAUGGGCAAGACGCUGGCCUUCGCGCUGCCCGUGAUCGAGCUGCUGCUCAAGGACAAGCGCCCGCGCUCGCGUGGCCGCGCGCCCCGCGUGGUGUGCAUGGCCCCGACCCGUGAGCUGGCCAAGCAGGUGGCCACCGAGUUCGAGCAGUCGGGCCCGUCGCUCAGCACGGUCUGCAUCUACGGUGGUGCUUCGUACCAGUCGCAGAACAACGCCUUCCGCAGCGGCGUGGACAUCCUGGUGGGCACUACUGGCCGUGUGAUCGACCACAUUGACCGCGGCAACCUCCGUCUGCACAACUGCGAGUUCCUGAUCCUGGACGAGGCCGACACAAUGCUCGAGAUGGGCUUCCGUGAGGACGUGCAGAAGGUCUUCGCGGCCAUGGAGCAGACCAAGAACGAGAGUUCUGGCAAGCGCCAGACGCUGCUGUUCUCGGCCACGAUCCCCAAGUGGGUCACGGACGUCGCUGACAAGUACAUGGCGAAGGACCGCGAGUACGUCAACCUAGUGAAGGACUCGGACGACCAGGCUUCCACGGAUGUGCAGCACAUUGCCAUCCCGUGCCACUGGCAGGGACGCCCCACGCUUCUGGCCAACCUGCUCGGCGUGUACGCCAAGAAGGACUCGCGCACGAUCAUCUUCGCUGAGACCAAGAAGGACUGUAACGAGCUGGCUGUGCACCCCGAGAUCAAGACGGACUGCCAGGUGCUGCACGGUGACAUUGCGCAGGAGCAGCGUGAGACCACCAUGAAGGCCUUCCGUGAGGGCCGUCUGCGUCUGCUGAUCGCCACGGAUGUUGCCGCUCGUGGUCUGGACAUGAACGUCGACCUCGUCAUCAACUCGGAGCCUCCUCGCAAGAUGUCGGGCAUGGCGGAUGUCGACACGUACGUGCACCGUUCCGGGCGUACGGGCCGUGCUGGUAAGAAGGGUAUCUGUAUCACGCUGUACACGAACCGCCAGCGCGACCAGCUUACCCAGAUCGAGCGCAAGAUCGGCAACAAGUUCAUCAUGAAGGGGCCCCCUGACCAGGAGGACCUGAUCAAGGCGUCUGCUGCCAAGGCUCUGACCGAGAUUAACAACGUGGACCCGUCCAUGAUUGAGAUCUUCCAGGAGAAGGCGGCCGAGCUGCUAGGACAGAUGGACCCCGAGAAGUGCCUGGCCGCUGCGCUGGCCUGCAUCACGGGCCACACGAAGCCGCCUCGCCGCACGUCGCUCAUGUCUGGUGUGCCUGACUACGUGACUGUGCUGUUCACGAGCUCCAACUUCAUCCGUGCCAAGGGAUACGUCUGGAACGCUGUGAACCGCGACAUCCCCGAGAACUUCGCGAACGACAUCAAGCAGUUGACCCUCACGGAAGACUCGAUGGGUGCCUGCUUCGACCUGCCUAUCGGUGCUCUGGAGAUUGUGGAGAAGCUCAUUGAGGAGGGCGGCAUGCACUGCCCGUACUCGAUCCCGAAGACGAUUCCCAAGCUGCAGCAAGCUUUGGUGGAGGCCGCGGAGGCCGUGGCUCUGGACGUGGCUUCAGCGGUGGCCGCGGCGGCCGCGGUCGUGGCGGCGGCGGCGGCCGGGAACUUGCCCGUGCUGGCCACCGCUCUGCUGGUGUGCCGCAAGUGGUUGCCCCUCGACAUGGGCUCGCUCGCACACAUCGUGGAUCUUGUCGACAGCUAUUUGAACACCUUCUCAUGCAAUUGGACCGUGCGUCGAGCGUGUCAAUUUGGACUACCGAGACGUGCACUUGAAUACCUGGCAGCUCGUGAUCCGGACUGGGUGGACGGCUACGACAUUGGCGUCCUUACUGCAAGUGGAGGGUUCGUGCAUGUGCUACAGUGGAUCCUGGACUGCUACCCAACGCGCAUCGCCUGGGAUAAUGGCCUCGAGGGCCCCCACCGAUGUACGCUCAUGAACAUCGCCGCCAUAUAUGGCCACCUCCCAGUCAUUCAGUGGCUUCAUGCCAAUCGAAGCGAAGGCUGCAGCACCAACGCAAUGGAUGACGCUGCUGCUAACGGACACCUCGAUGUCGUCAAGGAAGGGUGUACCGAGUACGCCAUCAACGAGGCCGCGCGCAAUGGCCAUUUGGGGGUUCUGGUGUGGUUUCACGCCAAUCGAUGCCAAGGCGUUGUUCAUUUCGAAGAUGUCAUGGAUGCUAUCGCUGCAAGUGGACAUCUCCACGUACUGAAGUGGUUCCAUGACAACACCAGCGAGUCGUACUCUCCAGACGCGAUGAUGCGGGCGGCCGCGGGUGGCCAUCUUGAUGUGGUUCGCUACCUCCACGAGAAUCAGCCCCACGAAAGUUCCAAUCUCAGGGGCGCCGUGUGGAUGGCCGCGAGGCAUGGACACCUGGGAAUCGCGGAAUGGCUCUACCGAAACCGCAGUGGAGGUCGUGUUGGACUCGCGCUGCGCGAUACCGCCGAGUCCCUGGAGCAAAAGGUCAAGCGCCAGCGGCUCGAGUAG